AUGGAUUCUUCCAAACGAACAAUCAAUAGCAAAGAAGAGAUGCAGGAUAUUUCUGAUGCCAACGGUCAACCUCUUGGGUUGGUUGGGAACCUUGUUCUACUCGAAGAGCUACCGGUAGACCGAAGGGAUCAGGAGAAAUCUCGAGUGACUGUCACUGAUGGUACAGUCGCAUCCAAAGGACCGGUUUCCUCAAAAAUGACUGAUCCUGCCAACACAGCAGCCAUAGUCAAAACCGCUGAAGGCCGUCAUCCCAGUCUUGACAUGUCAGAGAGCAACAACUCCUUGAUUGGCAUGACAGAGUUACCUGGGGCCGUAGCGAGCCCCGUGGAUAGUACAAGAGCAAGGUCAAGCCUACAGGUCUCUGGAACCAAUCAAAAUACUGGGAUGACACCAACGGCACCCCAUCAAUUUCCAGGACAGGACGAUGUACAACAAGAUCAACACCAUUUGAUAGGAGCAGUGGCAGUACGCGGGGCUGGAGAAGAGCAAGACAUAUCUUUAGGAACCAACAUUCCCGAUCUGGAACAGCAAGCUGUUGUUCACGACAAUGCGGGCCUGGUGGAAGCAGAGUCAGUAGAUGAACAGGAGGAGCCCAAAGCCAUCGCUGUUCCUGCCAUUGACAGCACCAACACCAGACAAUCCAUUACUCAGAAGGAUUAUUUCGAACAUGCGGAAGAAUCUGGAGAUGAUUUGGAUGUUGACCUUGCUCGAUUCUUGCUAGAGACAAGACAGAAAGCAUUUGACUGGAUUGUCAAUCAUGACCCCAUGCAGUUGGAGUAUGAUUCUCCCAACUUGAUCCAACGGUUUCUGCUGGUACUCUUCUACUAUCAGACCACAAGGCACAAGCCAUGGAAAGUGUGCAACCCGGGAGCAACCAACCGAAGAAGCUCAACAACCAAUUUCUGCUACCAAAUACAUCCUGUAACUGGUGACAUUACAUUAGACAUCUGGGAUGAUCAGUGGCUCUCUGACAGUCAUGAAUGCCAGUGGGCUGGAGUAAUCUGUGAGAAUGCCCAAUCAGAGGAAAAGGCAGUCACUGACCUACGCCUUGGAAGGAAUCAUCUCAAUGGCCCUCUUCCCUGGGAGAUCACAAGAUUGUCGCUGCUGAGAAUUCUACGGAUUGAUAACAACAUGCUGACUGGAACGCUGCCCCCAAGACUCUUUUCCAAGAAAGCCGGUUCUGGCCUGGAAACUCUUGUUUUGUCCUCGAAUCAAUUUUCUGGCACUAUUCCUGCAGAAUGGGUUGCAGACCUUCUUGAAGGAAGUGGAAAGCUUACCUUGCUGGCUCUGAAUAGGAACACUUUGACCGGGAUGAUUCCAUCAGAGUUGGGUCUAAUCUCUUUGAAAACCAUUUCACUCAAAGACAACUCUCUGACAGGUUCUCUCCCAGAAGAAAUAUUCAACCAAGCUUCGGUUACAUCGCUUCGAUUGGGAAGAAAUGAUCUCACUGGGACAUUGCCAAGUGAAGUUGGACUACUCACUAAUUUGCGAGUGCUAGACUUGAAUCACACGCAGAUUUCUGGAUCCUUGCCCUCAGAGAUUGGCUUGGCAAACCAGCUUAAUGAAAUCAUUCUCUCUAACACCAACAUGCAAGGGACAAUCCCUGAAGAACUCUUCACAGGACUUAAUCUUGGCUAUUUGUACUUGGAUGGGUGCAGCUUUACUGGGACUAUUAGCCCAUCACUGGGCCUUUUGACAAAUCUCAAAGAGCUGCACAUCUCCAAUAACCACUUCCAUGGCACUUUCCCCAAUGAGGUUGAGGCAUUGCCACUACUAACUGAGCUUGGGGUGAAUGGGAAUGAUCUAACUGGCACAGUUCCAGUCUCUUUCUGCCAGAAUCAAUAUGCUGGGAAAGAAGCUUACAAGCUUGUGGCUGACUGUUUGCCCAAUACAGAAACUGGAAUUCCUGCAAUCCAGUGUCCUUCUGGUUGCUGCACCAGUUGCUGUGAUGACACAGGAGUUUGCCUUGCCAACUGA